CGUGGAGGUCAAGGCACUCUCACUACACAGUGUUUGGCGUCUGUUCUGCAACAGUCACCUGUAACUUCCUGGGCGUUCAAGAGGAUCCUCAAGCAGAAAGGAGGAGCUCAAACAGACAUCGGCUUCCACUGAGGUGUACUGAAUUUGCUCAAGCACACCUGGGACAUGGAGGAGACAGAAGGUUCAUCCGGGGAGUAUUUUGUGCAAAGGGAGGUUCUGGAUGAGCUGCGUCUGGAUGAGGCGGCACAAAAAGGGACGUGGUCCACUAAACCAACCCUGGGUGAACGGGUAAAGGAGUCCCUGAGGUGUUCGGUGCCCAGGCUGAAGCAGGCAGUGCUGAGCUGGGUGCCGGUCCUUGGCUGGUUGCCUCGCUACUCCAUCAGAGAGAAUGCAAUAGGAGACCUGAUCUCUGGCUGCAGCGUGGGCAUCAUGCAUCUGCCGCAGGGCAUGGCAUAUGCUCUUCUGGCCUCCCUGCCCCCUGUGUUUGGCCUGUACACUUCCCUCUACCCGGUGCUGGUCUACUUCCUCUUUGGUACCUCCAGACACAUCUCCAUAGGCACGUUUGCUGUGAUGAGCAUCAUGGUUGGGAGUGUGACAGAGAGGCUGGCGCCCGACUCUAACUUCGUUGGAAAUGGCACCAACGGUACAGUGAGGGUGAACAUUGACGCCCGGGAUGCCUUCAGAGUACAGAUAGCAUGUUCCCUCACGGUCUUGACAGGGAUCUUUCAGAUCCUGUUAGGUGUGGUGAGGUUUGGCUUCGUGGUCAACUACCUGUCCGAGCCGCUGGUUCGUGGCUACACGACAGGAUCAGCAUGUCAUGUGUGUGUCUCACAGCUCAAGUACCUGUUUGGAGUCUCACCAUCUCGAUUCUCAGGCCCUCUCUCCCUCAUAUAUACUCUGGUGGAUAUUUGCCGACUGCUGCCUCAAACUCAGGUGCCGGAGCUGGUGGUCAGCCUGGUGUCACUCGCUGUUCUCAUCGCGGUGAAAGAAAUCAAUGGCUGCUAUAGACAGAAGCUGCCUCUGCCCAUCCCUAUAGAACUAAUAGUUAUCAUUGUCGCAACAAUCAUCAGCCACUUCUGUGGACUUGAUAGUAAAUACAGCAUUGAUGUGGUUGGAGAGAUCCCCAGUGGACUCAACGCCCCUCAAGUUCCAGAUGCCACUUUGUUCUCAGAGGUGAUAGGUGAUGCCUUUGCUGUGGCCAUCGUGGGCUACGCCAUCAACAUUUCCCUGGGCAAAACAUUUGCCCUCAAACAUGGCUACAAGGUGGACAGCAACCAGGAGCUGGUUGCUUUGGGUCUUAGUAACACUGUUGGCAGCUUUUUCCAGUGUUACUCUGUGACCUGCUCAUUGUCUCGCAGCCUCAUCCAGGAGAGCACAGGGGGCAAGACACAAGUUGCGGGAGUAAUUUCAUCCAUCAUUGUGCUGAUCACAGUCUUGAAAAUUGGUGCUCUCUUCGAAGAUCUCCCCAAGGCUAUCUUAUCGACAAUCGUGUUUGUGAAUUUGAAAGGAAUGUUUAAGCAGUUCAUGGACGUGCCAAUGCUGUGGAAGACCAACAAGGUUGAUCUGCUGGUGUGGCUGGUAACAUUCCUGAGCACCAUCCUGCUCAACCUCGACCUGGGUCUGGCUGUCUCCAUUGGCUUUUCCAUGCUCACCUUCAUAUUCAGAACACAACGACCGCGUUACUCUAUCUUGGGCCAAUUGCCAGGCACUGACCUGUAUCUAGACACAGACGCCUACAGGGGGACGAGAGAGAUUCCAGGAAUCAAAAUCUUCCGUUCGUCUACGACUAUCUGCUACACAAAUGCUGAGAUGUAUUUGGAGGCCCUGCAAGAGAAGAGUGGAAUUGAUAUGGAAAAGCUGCUGGUGGCGAAGAAGAAGCGAGAUGCGCCACUGAUGCUUAAACAGGAGAAAGAGAAAGAGGAGGCAAAGAAACAAUGGGAGAAAAAAGCAGUCAGACACCAGUCCAUCAACGCAGACUCUUCAGCAGAGUUGAAUGAGGGGAAAGUCUCUGUGAGACAGAGUCAUGGGACCUUUACAAAUGGCCUUUGUACAGGACAAGUAAACUCAGCUUACCAACAUGAUACAACCAUGCUGGACUCAGAUUCAAACACGGGUUUCCACGGUGAUGGCAGCAUUAAACAGGUAUCGCACCAUGACGAUGAGAGGGGAAGCGCCUGCGGAUCAGACGUGCACAGCAUCAUCUUGGAUUUAUCAACAACUGGCUUCGUGGACACAGUCACUACGAAUACAUUGAGAAAUAUUUUCAGGGACUUUGGGGAGAUUGAUAUAGACCUUUAUCUCACAGGCUGCCAAGCAUGUGUCGUGGAGCAGCUGGAGACUGCGGGUUUCUUCUCCGUGUCCAUCCCAAAGAGCAGGCUGUUUGUCACCGUUCACGAUGCAGUGCUUCAUAUUCUCAAGAAACGCGGGCAGAGAGACUCUAUACUCGACAUUUCCUGCAACACCGAGAUGUAACCAUCAGGGGUCAGACUGUUCCAACUCUCAGCAUCUUCCUCCUCCUCCUUCUCUUAGGCCGCCCUCCGCACGGUCCAUUCCUCACUGCUGGUCGUCAUUGUCUCCUCCCCCUUCAAAAGGGAGAAGGGUAGAAUGCACCACCUUGACAUGGCGGCUGGUUGCCAUGGAAAUACAGGGAGCCGUUGCUGUGGCGACGGCCUUUUUAUGAUAUCGGCUAAUCAGAUAGUCAGCAAUACGUCAUUGUGGCUCUCGGGGGCGGGGGCAGAGUGGGAGAAUGUAACAGACUAAUAGGAGUCUGUAUUUAUAGCCUGUGUGAGAGAGUGGAGUGAGUGAGAUGUUGACUGUGAGGGGAAGCUCAUGCGAGAGGAGCUAUUGUGAACAGACGGGCGACGAUAUGUGUUGCAUAUGUGUCUGUCUGUCAAUCUACUUUAUAUCCUUGAAUCAAUGAAGUUGGCCCUUCUGUUGUUAGAAAUGAUAAGGCAAAUGUCUCCUGCAACAAAUCAAUAGAGUGUAAAAUAUUUGUCAUUUAUAGGGCAGGGCUAAGGCCCACAUCACCACCCAUUUGCUCCUGCAAGAAAGAGCUGACUUGCAGAUGGGGUGUAACAGAGCAGCAGCGUCACAGGGGCGUAUUGAGUUAUCACAUCAUCUUAACCUCCCGUCUAUUUUUGGGAUCCAGCCUUGUCUCAUCGUCUAUCAUGCCUACCUAGCAUUUGCUACAAAGUUUAUUGCAUAAUGAAUGUGAGAGCACAAAAUCUUAAGAAGCUAGAGACAGAUGAAUGUAUGUGCAGUGCUGUAGAUGAGAAAAAUACGUGUCCUAAUCAUCGUUGGCUCAUGAGACCUAGAGCUGUACAGAGCAUAGUGGCUGACCACCCGAAAUAAAGUAUCUACCUGCAGAAGUGUUGAAGAGAUGUAUUCCCUUUGUGCCUAUUGCUCAACAUUGUGUUCAUCGACUGAUAACACUUCAAUUCAAUAGCUUUAUGAAUGUUUAUCUGUCAAAUGUCUCCUGGAGUUUAUUUUUUAUACAGGUGUAAAAGUGUUACGUAUAUAUAUUUAAUGUGAUCGAACCAGAAUAGUUUCUGCACAUAUCCAUGGUAUUUUUUUUAUGAAUUUGAGACCCAAUAAAUAAAGAGUCACAAAAAAAACAUA